AGAUGCAUUCAGAAUUGUUUACAGUUUCCUAUAAGAGAGAACGCACUACUAACAAGGCAGGGCAGCGAAAUAAAGGUCUUGGGUUUUCGAAAAGGAGGCUGCAUAUUCUGACAUACCAUUGCUGUCGCUGCCAGUCCCUGCUGCUAUUUUCGUCCACCCGUCUCUCUGCAUUUGCAUUCCAGUAACGUGUGGCAGAAGCAAGUGAAACCCUAAGAAUGCAUGAUUUUUGUGAAACUUCCUACAAACCGGAAACCUGUUUCGGCAUUCUGAAAUGCCAAACCGCUCUUCACCGUCACAUUUCUAGUACCAGAGGUCUCUGCCAAUAAUGUCCAACAAACAGAUGUUGAUUGAAAAAGCAGUUGAGGAUCUGUGUAAAGAGGCGUUUUCUCAACACUUGCAACACCUUCUAUUCCCAUCUUUUUUCAGGAAGCUUAAAAUGCACUCAGAACUUGUGCAGGCCAAUAGAGAUGCUUUAAUGGAUAUGGAUACAAAGAUUGUUGUAAAUGUUCAAAAUCAGAAGGUUGGACACUGGCGAUAAAGGUUUUCAUUUUGGGCAUGCAGUGCAGAGGACCUGUUGCUACUUAGACCAACCAGUGGUGGAUCUUUAUCUUCCAAUGUGGGCUAAACAUCAGCAUUUGGCCAAUAAAUCUGCUUUCAAGUGGGUGGAUGAAGCAGGCAAUGAGCAGUGCAGUUUGACAUACUCAGAGCUCCAUGCUUCCGCAUCCACCAUUGCCUCAAAUCUUAGGAGUACACUGCAAAGAAGUGAUACAGUUUUGAUUCUCUGCCCACCUGGGAUUGAAUUUGUGGGAAUCAUAUUUGGGUGCCAAAGAGCUGGGCUAGUGAGUGUUCCCAUGGCUUCCUCCUCAUCCAUCCUUCUCUUCUCAGCUGCAGGAGCUUUAAAUACUUCUCCAUCUACAGGCUCUAGUGCACCACCAGCAACAUAAACUUCUCCUUUAUCUUCCCCUGUAACUCCAAAUGCAGUGUCUCCUUCAUCCAACUCACCAUCUUUACUUCCUCCCACAACUUCUGUAGGAGAUAUUUCACCAACACCCAGUGAAAAGCCAACAUCUAAAGCUGGAGCCCUUUACUCAACAUCUACCAUUAUCAGUGCUUUAGCGGUAGCAAUGGUAGCUAUCACUAUUUGGGGAACAUCUUUCUUCUAUAUCUGUGUUGGAUAUUCUAACUUGGGCCUGAGUGUAUUGUGGAGUGCAUAGAGUCUUUCAACAACUUCCUCCUAUUUAGGUAGUUAUGUAUUGUUUCUGGGU